GGGAGGGGGGGGGGGGGGGGGGGUGUGGAGAGAAGACAGUAUAAUAGCAGACACGGUGCUGCUGCUGCUGCAGCCCCACAGCCGAGCAUUGCCCGAGGUGCCCGGGGCGGCUGCCGUGCACCAGCGAGCGGGGCAGUGGCUGAGCUCCCGAGUCGGUGCUGUGCUCAGAGCGAGGAAGGCGAGAGCGAGGAGGAGGAGGGCGGCGGCGGCGGCGGCAGCGGCGGCAGCGACCACCAUGGCUUCCACCACCUGCACCAGGUUCACUGACGAGUAUCAGCUCUUCGAGGAACUCGGAAAGGGAGCAUUCUCGGUGGUGAGGAGGUGCAUGAAGAUCUCGACAGGUCAGGAAUAUGCUGCCAAAAUCAUCAACACCAAGAAACUGUCUGCCAGGGAUCACCAGAAGUUGGAGAGAGAGGCUAGGAUUUGUCGGCUUCUAAAGCACCCCAAUAUUGUCCGGCUCCAUGACAGCAUAUCUGAGGAGGGAUGCCAUUAUCUAGUGUUUGAUCUAGUGACUGGAGGAGAAUUAUUUGAAGACAUUGUUGCCAGGGAAUAUUAUAGUGAAGCAGAUGCCAGUCAUUGUAUACAGCAGAUUCUAGAAAGUGUAAAUCAUUGUCACCUUAAUGGGAUAGUUCACAGGGACCUGAAGCCAGAGAAUUUGCUUCUAGCCAGUAAAAUGAAGGGAGCGGCAGUGAAGCUGGCAGAUUUUGGGUUGGCAAUUGAAGUUCAAGGAGACCAGCAAGCUUGGUUUGGUUUUGCCGGUACACCAGGGUACCUUUCUCCUGAAGUGUUGAGAAAAGAUCCAUAUGGAAAACCUGUGGACAUGUGGGCUUGUGGGGUUAUUCUGUACAUACUGCUGGUUGGUUAUCCUCCAUUUUGGGAUGAAGAUCAGCACAGGUUAUACCAGCAGAUCAAGGCUGGUGCGUAUGAUUUCCCAUCCCCGGAGUGGGACACGGUGACUCCAGAAGCCAAGGAUCUCAUCAAUAAAAUGUUAACCAUCAACCCUGCCAAGCGCAUCACAGCCACAGAAGCCCUCAAACAUCCAUGGAUUUGUCAACGAUCUACUGUUGCCUCUUGCAUGCACAGACAGGAGACUGUGGAAUGCUUGAAGAAAUUCAAUGCCAGAAGGAAGCUGAAGGGUGCUAUUCUCACAACUAUGUUGGCCACAAGGAACUUCUCAGCAGCAAAGAGCUUGCUCAACAAGAAGACCGAUGGCGUUAAGGUUAACAACAAAGCCAACGUUGUAACCAGCCCAAAAGAACCCGUACCUACCCCAGCACUGGAGCCCCAAACUACUGUAAUCCACAAUCCUGCUGAUGGAAAUAAGGAAUCUACAGAGAGCACGAACACCAUCAUUGAAGAUGAAGAUGUGAAAGCACGCAAACAAGAAAUUAUCAAAGUUACAGAGCAGCUGAUUGAAGCCAUCAACAAUGGAGAUUUUGAGGCCUACACGAAGAUUUGUGACCCAGGUCUCACAGCAUUUGAACCUGAAGCACUGGGUAACCUGGUAGAAGGAAUGGACUUCCACAGAUUCUACUUUGAAAAUGCUCUGUCCAAGAACAACAAGCCAAUUCACACCAUCAUCUUGAAUCCACACGUCCAUUUGAUCGGCGAUGAUGCAGCCUGCAUAGCGUACAUCCGCCUCACCCAAUACAUUGACAGCAGCAGCAUGCCAAAAACCAUGCAGACUGAGGAGACCAGAGUCUGGCAUCGCCGUGAUGGGAAGUGGCAGAAUGUUCAUUUCCACCGCUCAGGAACCCAAUCCGCAUCUGUCAACUAAAAACAAGUGAUGCCACUGCUGGAUUGUCAGCACUCCUGAUGGACUGGAAGGUUACAAUCACAUCAACAGGCACUUCCAGUCUAUUUUCACGCAUGUUUCUGAAUGCAUGAAGCUCUGACAGUGCACUUGUGACAUGUCCUUUUGUUUAUUCCAUCCGUAAAUGUGUUUGUUUAUGCCUCUUGGGGAAGAAACAUUACAGGCAGAAUGAAACCAAAGGAAGAAAAGUUUUUGAAAGUACUUUUUAAUCCUUUAUUUAUGCCAAUUUUCUGAACUUGUUAUAGCGGUAAACAUCUAAAUAAAAUCAAAAGAUAAUUUUUUUUUCUAGAUUUGAAUUGCAUUUUAAAGGAGAAUAAUUGUGCCCCUUUUUUGGGUCAGUAUGGGAAUAUAUAUGUGGGUCAUAUUCAUACAGAGUAUAGAAGGGAAUGUUCUGAAUGUUUCAGGCACUAUAAGUUGCCAUUCCAAAACCAGUCAGGGCUGGCUGUAACAGUCUCAAUGCAUGAACUGAACAGCCUUUUACCUUCAUUGACACUUACUGUUUUUUUGUCCAGCUGAUACAUAUGGUAAAAUAUCUUUUUUUUAAAAAAAGCAAUGAAACAUCCUCAUGCUAGAUUUCUUUUACUUCUUGUAUUUCAUAUCAGUAUCCUGUUAAGAUCAUUUUCAGGUUGAUACUUUAUUUUCAAUUCACUUUGUUGUGCAAUAUCUUUCUGGAAAAUCAAGCUUGCUUUCUCUAUGGCGAUGUACAGAUUUGUGAUUUGAGUCUAAAAUGCUAUUGCUUUUUGGUGGGAAUAUUAGGGUUUAGAAUUUUGUGAAACUCCGUUAACUUGCUUAUUGGUAGCUAUUCAUAGUUCUUUCAGAUUGAAUAAUAAAUACAAAACUUGGAAUUAAACCUAUGAAAUAUAGUACAGUGGAUCUGUGAUUUAUAUGCAUCGAUAUAUACCAUUCACUUGCCUUAGGCAGGUGCUCAGAUAGCUCGAUCUUUUCAUUUUUUCUUUCUCCCAAUUCAUGCCGCAUCUAAAGGGAUUAAUUUUUUUAAAUGAAAAAAAUUGUCUGUGUGAUAUUUGCUUAUUGACAUGGAGAACAGGAUGAUUUUGCUUCUGCUUCUCCUUGUGUAUUUGUGAGGUGUUCUUGUAAACGAUUCGGGUUAUCUGAUGUGUAAGUUUUUUUUGGAGGGGGUACUUUUAAAAUAUUUGUUUCUUGACUGUUUGUAUACAUAUAGGGCUAACUGUAUACUGCAGUACUGAAUAGUGCAUGAUAUCUCAAUCAAUGAUUGCUGGCAGCGAUCAAACUCUCGCCCUAUAAUUCAUUCCUGGCGAGGUUAAUGUUUGUAUUAUUUCAACUUGUGUGUUGGUUAGUCAACUAUCCACCCUUUUAAACAAAUCACACUUCACUGCUGAGAAUACAGUCGUGAAAUAGAUGAAAAUGAUAUGUCACCAUCACAUGGAUUCAGAAACUGUUUAAAUAAGCAUGUACAUUUAUUGGGCCAUAGUAAUCUGCCAAUAACAUCUGUGAAAGAAUAAAAACCUCUAUUUUGGUGACUACUUGUAGUAAAAUAUGUGUGUGAAAUCUAAAUGUGAUCUUAACAUUUUAAUGCCGCAUGUGGUGUUAAAGUAGUAUUAAAGACUUCAGUUUGUCUUCCACACCAAGUUAUGAAGAGCAGCGAUUGAUUUUUCAGCACCAUUGAAAUGAUAUUUAAAUUCUGUCAUUUAAGGAAAGCUGCUGUUUAUCAUGGGACACAGUGUACAGAAUUCUUGCCAUAAUGGUAAAUGACUGAUUGAUAUAUUAAAACAAAUAAAUUUGUGAUUAUUUCUCCUGA